GAGGAGGUGUAUUUAUGAGACGAGGCGCCCCUGAAUCGCAAAGCAUGAAUCUCGAGCAGUGCUGCUGCUGUGCAGGGAGAGACAUUCACAGACGAGAGCAAAAGCUGAGCCUCUUGGCGGUGCAGUCCUUCCCUCGCGUAGACCGAGAAACGUGACCAACACUUGCAGGUCUGGUGCCGGACUCGAGAGCCUUCGUCAAAGGCUCGUAUCCCUUUCCCUCUCUGCUCUCUCUGCAACAUCGGUCCAUCAUCGUCGUCGAUUCUCGCGCUCGGUCCCUCGCUGUUGGCCGUCCUGUGACUCUGUUGGAUUCACUACGCGUGUCGUGUUGGAUUCACCACGAGAGCUGUUAGAAGUCCUUACCCCGUCUGUGAUCUUUGACUCGGAGUUUUGCUGGCGGUGGCUGAGGGUUCGCUCUGAUUUUUUCCUUCUCUCGUAGCUCCACCGUCGCGAGGUGCUGGGUAUUUGUAGUCUUUGGUCUCAAGUCCAGUAUCCAUCUGCAAUGCUCUCACGGGCUCUGUGAACGAUUUAUCGAACUCUGGAGGGGCAUGUUGGUUGAGGACCUCUUGCUUCGAGCAAAUUGCCGCUGGUUGGGAGAUCCUCGAUCUAAUUCUUGCGCUUUACAGGCGUUGCGCUUUCCCUGCUAGAAAGUUCCUCCAUCAUCGCGUUUCAGGCACUAGAUUUCAGUAGCGAUUCUCAUGGCGCAAGGGAACAGUAUGGACACGGUGAGCGAGGAAGUGCUCGAGCUCAUAGUGGCCAAGCUACCGGCGGUGAGUGUUCUUGCAGCGGCCCAGGUGUGUAAGAAUUGGUUCAACGUCGUCAGAUCUCGACGAUUCGCCAAAUUCUACGAUCAACAGGCAUGCCGGAAGUCCUGGUUUUUUCAAUGUUGUGUGAAUUAUCUCAUCCCCGAGAAAAAUCAGGGAUAUGGGUACGAUCCAGAGUCCAAGCAAUGGCAUAAGUUGAGCUCACAAUGCUUCCCGAACGAGCAGGACAAACUUGCCAUGGCAAGCAGUCCGGACGGGCUGCUGUACUCGAUUUUCACUCUGUCAGAUCUCACCUACAAGCGCGAGUUUCUGUCCAAACAAUGGUCCGAGGCCCCUCCCAUGAAGUACUCGCGGAAUGCACCGCUUUUCGGAGUGGUCGAUUCCCCGGACGGCGAGUCUCAUAAGCUCCUCGUGGCGGGCGGAGUUUCCUUCUUCGAGGACGAUGAUCUGGCGCUAGAAAUUUACGACUCUGCCUCCAGGUCGUGGGAGGUCUGCGAGAGCCUGCCGCGAGAAUUCCGCAACAACAGCUCGCGGCACUGGAUGACAUCGGCCGUGGUGGACGGAAGGUUCUUCGUGGCCGAGGUGUACACGGGUCUCAUUGCGUCUUUCGAUUUACAAACCAUGCGCUGGAGUGCGGUGGGCACCUUGAGGCCUGCGGGAGUCGUGCACUCGCACCUUCUGGCCAUCCGAGGCAACCUGUACCUCGGCGGCUCUUGCUACUUCGAAGACAAGCACAGCUUCAAAAUCUGGAAAGUAAAUGUCACAGCCCAGGAAUGCGGCGUGGAAGUUGCCUCCAUGCCUUCCGCAUUGUGCAGGAUCUUCGGCCCCAGCGACGACGGGGGCCCCGAGAGGAAAGGCGAGGGAAUUCGAUGCGUCGCCUCCGGAGAUCUCAUCUACAUUUUCUCACGCGAGCAGUACCGAGACAAUCAGGUCGUCGUCUGCGACCUGUCAUCUCCAGGUGCCGAUCAAUGGAGCCUCCUCCCUCCCCUGCCGGCUACCGGCUCAUUCAAUAACGUGAUCGGCUUCAGUUCUCCGGUGAAAAUUGGUUCUCUGUUCUGAUUUAGAACCUCGAGAAACUUUUUCUUUACCCGCCGCAUGAGCAGCCAGCACAGGUGGGAUUGUUCGAUCGGGGCCCUCAAUUCAGAAAAAUCCCGUCCUUGAGUGUGACAGCUUCCACCGUCCCCAGGAGACAUACUGAAAUUAAAAGGCUGGACGAGUUGGAGGCAUGUUCGCCAUCACACAUCGGGAAUAAAGACUGCGCUACCCUUUUCGCCAGGGUGUAUCUCGCAUCGCUGGACUGCGUAGAGGUUGGAUCUUGGCGGUGUCUUGCAUUGUGCCCAUUAAAGCCACAUCCGUGGCGCUUUAUAAUGUUCGUAGACGAGGACCGAUCAAAUGUAGAUAGGUAUAAUUUUUAUUCGCCACUUUGAUGUGGAGGUUGAUUGGGAAUUCAAGUACUCGAGCUUUUGUUCUUGUUGAUGGUGUUCUGAAAGCCCAGCAUAUGUUCUGAUGCUACUGUAGAGUACUACAACGAUGGAUGCCGUGGGGGAGCAGUCUAGAGGACUAUUUAGCCUCGGGGAAUUUAGGUCCUCUGUUGUGUAGAUACGUACGGGAUUCUGCUCGUUGAGGUGCGCAAUGCCGUUUUCUCUUGUAUAUCUGGACGAGUAGAACUAGUGAAUUACAGAGGUCCGAGUCUAUAGUACUCCUGCGGACUAUUUUAGAGUUUGUUAAUAUAGGAUACCUACGGAUCUGAGCUCCAGGCCGGACAGGCGCAUGUUGUACAAAGAAUCGAAAUGGAUAGAAUCUCUUAUUAUUUGACCCAUUUAAUAUAACUUUCUGUGCACCGUUCUCUCGAGUCACAUCACUAUCUUUC